AUGCCGGUUGAACAAGUCACGCCCGAGAAACCAACUGAGAAACCAACGACGCCACCUCCUAUUGCAAGGGAUUCCAUAAUCUCUCGAUUACUCGCAAAUGAAGUAAAUCCUAAUGAGGCCGCGAAACCAUCCCGCAAUGAAUCUAUCGAAUAUCCGGGGUAUGAUGGAUGGUACAAUAACCUUGGAAAACCAGAGCUGGGGGCGGUGGAUACACCGUUGUUGCGAUCAAGUCCAGCUGCGUAUGGGGACGGGGUCUACGAACUGGCUGGCCAGAAUCGUCCAAAUCCACUAGAACUCAGUGAGCAACUGCUGAGUGGUCCUAUUGGAUCAAAAUCAAGAACUGGGAAAAAUGCUUUACUCGUAUUUUUCGGACAGCACGUAGUUGAAGAAAUUCUGGAUGCUCAGAGACCAGCAUGUCCUCCAGAAUACAUAAACAUAAAAAUCCCAAGCAACCACCCAUAUCGUACCAGCAGUAAUCACACUGUUAUGCCUGUACUGAGAACUCGUUACGAUGAACGCACCGGACAGUCUCCAAACAAUCCUCGACAACAAUUGAAUGAAAUCACUCCAUUUCUCGAUGGAGGCCUCAUAUAUGGAACAACCAAGUCUUGGUCUGACUAUCUUCGACUCGAUGCCAACAAUAAACUCGUCGAUGAUGGAUUAUUGGCCUUCAGUUUAGGUGGACAGUACCCGGAAGAGAAUAAAGUCAGACUUCCAAUGUUCAACCCACCUCCACCUAGUCGACAUGAAGAGUAUGUGAGACAACAUUCUCUGGAGAAUGUUGACCGAUUCUUCAAAUUGGGGAAUCCUCGAGGCAACGAAAAUCCGUUUCUGCUAUCGUUUGGAGUCGUCUGGUUCAGGUGGCACAAUGCAAUUGCCAAAAAUUUGAAGCUUCAAAAUCCCGGUUGGAGUGGCGAGAAAAUUUAUAACGAAGCAAGAAAGUGGGUAAUUGCUUCGCAACAGAGUAUCGUUGUGUAUGAGUGGCUACCCCAAUGGUUAGGAGAGGAACUUACAGAUUAUAAAGGUUACAACCCAGCUGUUGAUCCACAAAUCGAACAGUUUUUCCAAUCUGCUGCAUUUCGAUUUGGACAUACACUGGUGCCGGCCGGGGUUUAUCGAAAGGAAGCUGGGAGAGAAGGGUGUGCACUCCGCGGAUAUAUGGGGAAAGCCAUCCGCACGUGCAAUAAUUUCUGGUUGACAAAGAAUAAACUUCGUCAAGGUGGUCAAACAAUUGAUGGACAUAUUAUCAUCGAGGACCUUCUGAGAGGAAUGGUAGUUCAGUUGACUGAAGCAGAAGAUCAUAAAAUUGUAGACGACCUCAGGAAAAGCGUAUUUGGGCCUUUGGAAUUCUCACGUCGUGACCUUAUGGCAUUAAAUAUUCAACGAGCUCGUGAUCAUGGAAUCCCUGACUAUAACACGGUGAGAAAAUUCUACAAACUGCAUCCGGUCAAAAGCUGGUUUCAUUUCGUGAGAGUUAAUUCCACGAUCAGGAAAACAUUGAAGGAACUCUACAAAAAUAAGUUCUAUGAUAUCGAUCUUUGGGUUGGGGGAAUCAUGGAAACUGAAGAUGGGCCAGGAGAACUGUUCAAGCGGAUUAUUGCUGAUCAAUUCGAGAGGAUUCGGAAUGGGGAUCGAUUUUGGUUCGAAAAUGAGAGCAAUGGAUUAUUCACACAUGAUGAAAUCAACAGACUGAGAAAACUAUCCUUCCGAGACAUUCUCAUAAGUGUCACAGAUAUAGACGAAGAGGAUCUGCCGAGAAAUGUCUUUAGAGUUCCCACAUCGGAUACUGAGAUACACCCAAAUUGCUCAAAAUUGGUAACCAGAGGAGAGUGUGAGCAUUUGAAUGGGACUUCAAUUCCAUGUUGGCACGCACCACCAGUGGAUGCGUCUAGGACAGAGGAAUGUACUCCCCUGGGAUCCUAUGAUUACUUUGAAAACAGUGAAUUGUCAUACAUGCUGACCUUCAUUUCUACAGCCGUAUUCUUUGGCUCAUUUCUUCUUCUAAUUCUCGUUAAAUUAUUCCGACUUCAUCAUGUGAAUGACAAAAUACGUUCAAAAUUGGCGAAUGCACCGAGCGCAGAGGACUCUGCUAACAUGCACAUGGCUUACGAGUGGAUUGGUUUUUCCUCUUCAAAUAGAUGUGUUAUUGUUCAUUUGAAUAGAACUAGUAAACAGAUACAAGUUAAAAACACUUUGGGGCAUUUGACAAGGGCUUUGGAUCUCAGAGCUUGUGAGAAAGUUCUUAUGUUUAUUGGGCACGAAAGCCAUUAUUUAUUACUCCGAGUUGAGCACAAUUAUGAUUUGGUCCUCAAAUUUGCAUCGAUCUACCUACGGAAUACUUUUGUCGUAACGCUGGAGAGAUUUCUGAUAGACAUUGGGGUGGAGAGGGAAACAAUUGCUAGAAUCACUACAAUCGCGGUUCUCAAACAAGCUGUAACAAUGAAAGUCAGACAGAAGAAGUUGGAACAAUUCUUUCGAGUUGUUUUUUCUCAGGCUUUCAACAUAGCUCAUUCAGAAGACGAGAUCCUCCGAAUCGACUCCGAGGUCGCUAAAGAAGUGAUUCACACGGAAUUAACGAUCCUCGAAUUCGCAGAGGCUCUGACAAUGCGAGCAGAUUCAGAAUUCGUCAGAAAAAUGUUUAACCUGAUUGAUACUGAUAAAAACGGUUUCAUAUCAUUUCGCGAGUUCAUCGACAUGCUAGUGUUGUUCCUGAAAGGAACAGCUGAAGAUAAACUCAAAUUAAUGUUCGAUAUGUAUGAUAUCAAUGGACUUGGACACCUGAAACGCGAAGACUUUGCACACAUGCUAAGAUCUUUCAUGGAUACAGUCAAUGCUGACAUUUCUGAUGACAAAUUGGACUCAUUGAUUCAUUCCAUGAUGGAAGAGGCGCAAUUAGCUGGCAAGGAAACAAUAGAUCUGUUAGAUUUCAAGAAUAUUCUUGGGGAAUUCAAUGAUAAAUUGAGCUAUGCUGAGCUGGAGUUCAACGUGAAUGCUGAGGGAACAAGCAAGAAGUUGCAUGCGGGAAAGACGACGGUCAAGUCCAAGUUCAUUGGGGAAGUGAAGAGAACUGUAGAAGGGUUGUAUGCUGAUCCCAAAGACCUAAGAAUGAGGGUUGGGGGGAGAUCGACCGAUGCUAAUGAACCCAUCGAUUCGAUGGCUGAUAAUUUAGACAUUGUAAAAAGUGUAAAGGCUCAUGAUAGUCGGUGGCACCCAGUCAUGAAAUUCGUGGCCAAUAAACAACUAGAAAUCUUCUGGGUGGUACUUUAUACGAUACUUUUAUUCGGAAUCUUUGCUGAAAGAUUUCAUUAUUACACAUUUCUGAGAGAGCACAAUGGCCUGCGCCAGAUCACAAGCUUCGGUGUAUCAGUGACUCGAGGUGCGGCUUCGGCAAUGAUGUUCGCCUUCUCCAGCCUAUUGAUAACAAUGUGUCACAACAUAAUAACAAUCCUCCGAGAUACGGUCCUUCAGUUUUAUAUUCCCUUUGACUCGGCCAUCGAAAUGCAUAAGUACAUCGCCUGCUGGGCCCUCAUCUUCACCCUGAUUCACGUCAUCGGACAUGGGUUCAACUUUUACUACAUAUCGACGCAGCCUGCGGACGACCUUACAUGUUUAUUUAGAAAUUAUUUUCACGCAUCUCACGAGCUCCCGAAAUUUCAAUACUGGAUCUGGGGAACAAUGACUGGGAUCACGGCAAUGUUACUCACUCUUGUGACUGGAAUCAUCUUCCUUUGCUCUCUGCCAGUAGUGAGAAGAAAAAUCUACAAGUGGUUCGACUAUGGCCACUGUCUCUAUCCAGUUUUUUUCAUUCUAAUGAUUCUUCAUGGAAGCGGAAGAUUGGUCCAAGGACCCUACUUCCAUUAUUUUUUCAUUGGGCCUGUGGUAUUGUUCACGAUUGAUAAAAUAUUCACAGCUACGAGGAAAACUAUUGAAAUUCCGCUACUGAAGGUUGAAAUUCUGCCCUCGAAUGUCACUUGCUUGAUUUUCCAGAAGCCAUUACACUUUCAAUACAAACCCGGACAGUGGGUGAGGAUUUCCUGUCCGGCGCUCAACACUAAUGAGUAUCAUCCAUUCACGUUAAGCUCAGCUCCACAUGAAUCGACUCUAUCCGUGCACAUCAGGUCUGUAGGACCUUGGACCAUUAAUAUGAGAAAUAAACUUGAUCCAGCAAGGAAGGAGCUUUCCGAAUUGCCUAAGAUUCACGUCGAUGGUCCUUACGGCGAAUCCCAUCAGAACUGGAACAAAUACAAUCUUUCUAUUAUGAUCGCAAGUGGAAUUGGAGUGACUCCUUUCGCAUCAAUCUUGAAAGAUAUCGUCCAUAAGACAAAUCAGCAUUGGAACUUGGGAAAUCGAAAGAUUUAUUUCAUUUGGGUCACUCAGACUCAAAAGCAAUUCGAAUGGAUGGUGGAUAUUUUGAGGGAAGUAGAAAACGUUGAUGUGAAACAUGUCGUUUCAGUUCACAUCUUCAUCACCCAGUUUUAUCAGAAAUUUGAUCUUCGAACUAUUUUACUGUACAUCUGCGAACGUCACUUCCAAAAAAUUUCGAACAAAUCUCUGUUUACUGGUUUGAGAGCAGUCACCCACUUUGGACGACCAGAUUUCUCUCAAUUUCUAUUGGCAAUUGAUAGAAUGCAUAAAGACAGUAAUACAGUUGGAGUAUUUAGUUGUGGAUCCCCGACAGUCGUCAGAGCAGUGGACAACGCCUGUCAGAGUAUAAACAGCCGACCGGAUACUCAAACCCUCUUCCAACAUCAUUACAAGAGCUUUUGAUCUCAAAAUAUUGGUUAUGUUCACUAAUAAACACAAAAAUAAAUUGAAUUGACUUUUUGUUACAUAAACAUUAAAUAAAAAUAUAUAAUUCUGAAGGAA